CAGGGUUGGAAGGAGGAUGAUGAAUCUCCAACCCACCUGCCCACAGGUAGGGCCACCAACCUCCCUGUUUAAUGCUAGACCACUGCUUCAGUUUAGAUAUCACCUCUGUAUGCCUCUAUGUUUCUUUACCAAUAUCACAUCAGAGGUUGUGAGAAUUAAAUAUACCACAUAAAUAUAGCAAUGUAACACAAAUAAACCACUAAUGCUCGUUAGCCUUUGGAACAGUGGGUUCAAGUAGACAGAGCAGCAGCAGAUAGUACAAAAUAGAGUGCACUUUGCUGCUGUUAACACACUGAAAGCAGCGUGCUGAUGAUCUGCUGCAGCAGUUCAGCUUUCUUAGACACCUGCAAAGGUUUUGGGGAUGGGGGGAGUUGGAAAACCAUAGUGGUUUUAUUUGAGCUAUCUUCAUAUUGCUUGAUAGAUGGAUAAAUAGACGUAUUUUGUAUGUAUAGCUGGAUGUUUCUGCUCUGCCUUUGCUUCCAAAGUACAAAAUGUUUCAGCAAACUCCCAGUAUUCAACCAUUAAUGUGAGCAGAAAGGAGUUAAGCAGCACAGGACGCAUCUUUGGAGCUUUCAGCCUCAACGUGUGUCCUGCUGCCUUCACACAGCUGCCUCCUUUUCCUUGCUGUAAGGAAUGAAGUCACCGCACCCGCAGGGCACGGAUCUCAGCUGUGUUUCCUCUCUGAUGCGUGUCCCAAUGCCGGUGGUGCUCCUGAGCCAUCCCCAGGGCACGGAGUUGGGCAUGGCAUCACCUCCGGGCAGCAGCUCGUGGUUUGGCUGCUUCCUGGGAGGAAAGGAAAAGGAAGGAAAGGGAAGGUAGGAAGGAAAGGGAAGGCAGGAAGGAAAAACAGCUGCUGGUCACAAGUUCCAUUUGUGCGAGGGAAACAAAAUAAAUGGAAAUAAAAGGGAAACACGAAUCAGAAGAGCAAGGUUCGUUCAGAAGGGCAGAGCCGGGAGGAGCAGCUGGAGGAUUUUAUGGUGGGUUUGGUACCGACGGCUCUUCCCCGAAGCCUUUGGGCUGGCAGAGGUCUGAGCAGCAAAGCGGCGUUCGGGCCGGGUCGGUGCUUUUGCGUCCCAAACGGCGAGGAACCGCGUGAGCUCUCUAAUUAACAAUGCCUCGCUUAAUUGAUGCGAGCUCUGUAAUUACGAAACCCCCUUCGGGUUGCGGUCGGCAGCACGGCGGGCUCCAGGUGGGCUCGGCGUCACGUGACUUAGGCCACGCCCACUUUUCCCGGGUUGGGGGGCGGGGCUUCAGCUCGGUGCGUGGGCAGCGCGCCCCUCCCCGCCGCGCAUGGGCACGGCUACGGGCAGCGCCGAGCGGUGAAAGCCGGGUUUUUGGAGAGGAGAGUCCAAAUGCCAGCUCCUUCCCUGCAGCCUGCUCGCCUCACUGUGCUGCUGGAAGAAAACCUGGAGGAAGAUGUGCUAAAGCCUCGCACGUCAAAGAGGAGAAGCUUGGAUCCUGCCUUGGUGGCUGUGUACCUCCCAGUGCUGGAAGGAAGGAGGACAAGGAAGAACUUGCUGUAGCUCCCAGGUCCUGCUGUGUUCUCUGCUGGCUCAGCUGUUGGUGUCCCCCAUUCCUGGACUUUGCUUGAUGGGGAUCUCUGCUGCGGGAGCAGUCUCUGCACUCAAAGGCAGGAGAGCAGAGGUAGGAGAGGUGGCCUCUAAAUGCUGGAAAGGCCAUUUGUGUAAGCUCCUGGCAGAAGGUCUCUUCUGGAACAGCUGCUGGCUGUAGGCCCACCAAGCUGAGGUUCAGGAUAGCCUCUCUGCAGCAUGUCUUCCAAGCCAGAACAGAAGGAGACCCACCAGGCCAAUGGGGCCGUGCUGCCUGCCGUGCCCAUGGACUGCCUUGUCAGUCCGGACCGGGGGCAGCUGGUGGAGCCCUCCAAUUUCCUGGGACCUGAUGGUGUCGGGGUGGAAGUGGUGGUGCUGGAGUCCCGUGCCAAUGCUAAAGGUGUGCGAGAAGAAGAUGCCCUGCUGGAAAAUGGCAGCCAGAGCAACGAAAGUGAUGACACCAGCACAGACAGAGGCCCUGAGCCAGCCUCACCGCUCAAGGAGACCUCCUUUUCCAUCGGGCUGCAAGUCCUCUUCCCCUUCCUCCUGGCAGGCUUUGGGACAGUUGCUGCUGGAAUGGUGCUGGACAUUGUGCAGCACUGGGAUGUCUUCAAAUACGUGACCGAGGUUUUCAUCUUGGUGCCUGCACUACUGGGUCUGAAGGGGAACCUGGAGAUGACGCUGGCAUCUCGCCUGUCAACAGCUGCUAAUAUUGGCCAAAUGGAUACACCCAAAGAGCUCUGGAAGAUGAUAACAGGGAACAUGGCUCUGAUACAGGUUCAGGCUACAGUAGUUGGCUUCCUGGCUUCGAUUGCAGCAGUGAUAUUUGGAUGGAUUCCAGAUGGGCACUUCAGCCUUGACCAUGCUGUCCUGCUCUGUGCCAGCAGUGUGGCUACUGCUUUCAUUGCUUCCCUUGUUCUGGGCAUGAUCAUGAUUGGAGUCAUCAUUGGAUCCAGGAAGAUGGGAAUCAAUCCUGAUAAUGUAGCCACACCAAUUGCUGCCAGCCUGGGGGAUCUCAUCACCCUGGCUCUGCUUUCAGGAAUCAGCUGGGGCUUGUACAAAGAGUUGGAGAGCAAAGCAUACGUGAAUCCUUUGGUGUGUGCCUUCUUCAUAGCUCUGCUGCCCAUCUGGAUCAUCAUUGCCAAGAAGAAUGCAGCGACUCGGGAGGUGCUGUACUCUGGCUGGGAGCCAGUCAUUAUUGCAAUGGCAAUUAGCAGUGUUGGGGGUUUAAUUCUGGACAGAACAGUCUCAGAUCCAAACUUUGCUGGGAUGGCUGUCUUCACACCAGUUAUUAAUGGUGUGGGUGGCAACCUGGUGGCAGUGCAGGCGAGUCGCAUCUCCACUUACCUGCACAUGAGUGGGAUGCCUGGAGAGACCCCUGAAACAGCCCCUCGCAAAUGCCCCAGCCCUUGCAGCACCUUCUUCAGCUCAGAUGUGAAUUCCCGCUCUGCCCGUGUGCUCUUCCUUCUGGUUGUGCCUGGACACCUCGUUUUCCUUUACACCAUCAGCUCCAUGCAAGGUGGACACACUACACUCACCCCUAUUUUCAUUGUUUUCUACAUGACAGCUGCACUUCUCCAGGUUCUCAUUCUGCUCUACAUUGCUGACUGGAUGGUGCACUGGAUGUGGGGCAGGGACCUCGAUCCUGACAACUUCUCCAUCCCCUACUUGACAGCGCUGGGUGACCUGAUUGGAACAGGUCUCCUUGCUCUCAGCUUUCAUGUCCUCUGGCUUAUUGGUGACCGGGACUCCGAUGUGGGAGAUUAGCUCUCCCUGCUGCCCCUCCCCUCCUCUCAGUUCUCCUCCAUUCAUUUUUGUCAUAGUUGUUUUUCUUCCACCCUCACUCUCCUCUCCCCCCUCCCCCCCAACCCUGUCUCUCACGAGACUUCAUCUUUGAUACAAGAUUCUCAUUAUUUUCAAUGGGAAUUUUAUGUGGUUUAUAUUUCAAGCCAAGUUUGUACAGAAAAAUAAAUCUAGUUUUAGGAAGGACGCGAAAGUGUAACGAGACAAUCACCAAGUGCAAUUUCCUAGCAGUUGUCUGACCAGUGUUCCAGGGGAGCUGCCCAUCAGUUGAUGGAGCACACAGGAGGCCCACCUGUCCCAGCCACUGGAGGUGAAGGGCUGCUUUGUUCGCUUCAUAAGCGUUUAAAAUACUGGAGAUAAGGUUCAGAUUUUAGUUGCUGAGAGGGCACCUUCUAGCAAAGUACAGCCUUGUGGGUGAGGACACUGGGAUCUCCUGUUUUCUCUGUCCUGUGACCCUUCUCCCUCAUGUUUUCUCCCCAAAUCCCUCCCUGUGCUUUGCACCCAAAGCAUGCAGCUCUCUGGUCCGGAGAUGAUCCAGUUUUGUGCAUUUAAGCUUGCUUUCAGCUGCUUUGUGUGCUGCUGAUGGGCCUGUUGCAGCUGGGCAGGAGCUGCUCAGUACCUUCCCUUGCUGAGCCUGAAGCAUUUCAAAUUCGGGAGCCUUUUGCUACUGCUGUCUCUUAGAAGAUGCCAUCUGUGUUUAGCCAUUGGCUUUCUCUAUAUGUGUAGGAGAAAGCAGGAAAACAGGUCAGCAGCACAGCCUGAGUUGUACAGCCAUGCACUGUUGGUGCAGUGCUCUGUGUGGCUCUCAGCAGAGAGCCCUGCUUGCCUUGAGCUGCACAUGGAGCCUGGGAUUGGUGACAGCCCAGCAUGCCAGCAGAGGCUGAGCACUUAUUUCUCUCCUGCUUUUUGUGCUGCCCAGCUGGGAGGUGAGCAGGAAGCCUUCCCUUCUUCUGCCUUUGCACCCUGGGAGGAUUCUCAUGCGUAGCAUGAGAAAACUUGUUCUGGCUUUGUGACUGAGGCAUUUGUAAAUCAUCUUCCUGAGUGCUGUCAGCACUCAGCGCUUUUUACUUUUCCCAUUUGGGUAUAAAUUGAUUCAGUGAGCUGAGCGCAGUUUAUUUAAGCAGGUCUUAUUGACUUGGAAGCUUCACUCAGCUGCAUCGAGUUUAAGUGAUGCACUCAAGCAGACAGCACUGUUAAACAGGCUCUGAUGUAAACUGAAUGCAUGCGUGCAUGGGAAAGAGCUUCUAACGUUGGUAGGGAUGGGGAUCAUAGUGUCCUAUGGGACCCAGUUUUGGUCUGCAGUGCCCAAAGCACAGGGAGAUGCCCACAGUGCCCAGCGUGGUGCCCUGGCCCUGAAAUAACACCUGAGCUCUCACAGAGCUCACACUGCAGCCCUGCUGCUGCCUGUCCUGUUUGCCUGCAGAUCCAAGGCAUCACUUGAGAGCUGCAGGAUUUGGGGUUGCCUACAGGCUGCUGCUUUCCUUGUUUUGUCUGGAUUGGCUUCAGUUCCUCCCUUAGGUUACCCUCAGCUCUUCUUGCACAAAGAGGCAGUGCUCCUCCCCUUCUUACCUUGCUGAUGUGAAGCUCACCUUCCCCCUCUCCAUCUCUGUGCUGUCCUUAGUUGCAAUAGCUCUGACUCUCCUCCUGUUCCCCGUAGUGACUUUGGCUGCUCGCAGGUCUGAUUUCAGCCACAGCUCUGUUCAAAAACACAAGGAAAACCAAAACAACAAAACAACCAACCAAACUCACACCCCAAAGCGAGAAGUCUGAGCCCGGGGACUCCUACAGCAUCCUCUGCUGUCAGCUCCUAUCCCUGCCUGAUGCUGAGGGGUGGACGUGAGAUUUCCUUCCACUAACACACAUCUGCGUAUGGCCGUGCCAUUGCUGCUCUGUGCUGUGCUAUCAGCUUUUGGUUCCCCAGGAAAGAAGUGAUGCCAGAGCUGUGCUCGUGGUCUCCCAUGGGUGCAGAGGUGCUGCGGGGUUAAUGGAAUGGGGCAGAAUCUCAUUUAGCAUUUCAGCACAUCGACAGCCAAAAGCUUUUUCCCACCACUUGCACUCGGUUGCAUGGCCCACCCUACAGCUGACUGCAAAUGAGAAACACCCGUUUACUCUUUUUAUUAAAGGAAAAAAAAAAAAAAGAAGAAGAAAAACACAAAAAGACUGUCUUAAUUAUUUAUAGUUACUGUAACUGGAUUGACGGAUGUCAACUGCUGAUAAAUUAUAUUUCGUUAAAUAAAGAUGACAUUUAUUUAUGUGGA